UAAGUUUUUGAUGAGAAUGGUCGGUGAGUGAAAGGCGAAGUGGGCAACAAUGAACGAAGCACUUGAACUCCUACCCUAACUGUCAUCAAAAGUAUCUGAAGGCCGCGCGCGCUUCUUUCAUUUUUCGCAGUGGGCCAUGGCUUCGGCGGAGCAGCCUCUCAAGAAGCGCCGGAACUACGUACCACCCGCAUCAGAGCCACCGCCACCGCAAACCCUAGCGCUGGACCAGACAUCCGUCGCCCCACCGCCUCCUACUCCACCGCUGCUGUCCCAAGCCGAAAUCCUCCUCAGGAGAAGGAACAGAGAUGAUAUUAGAAGUGUCUAUGACUGUUUUAAGCGAAUUAGGUUUUUCCUUUCCCAGAAAGAGAAGGGCGCUCCCACACCUGAUAUUGAGCAGGCAUAUCUUUCUCUUAUCACUGCUUCGAGAGGGUGCGCGAGUGUAAAGCGUAUUGUAGCUGACUUUAUUCCUCGGUAUGCACCUCAUUGUCCAACUGCUCUUGAAGCUGCAACAAAAGUUAUCAUCAAUAUGCACAAUCAGAGCUUGGAAAUAAUAACUAAGGGGGAGGAUGUUGACAAUGUUGCAUUUGAGACAGCUAGGGCUUGUAUUAUUGGUUUGGAUGAUAUUUGUGCUGCUGUAAUAUCUAAGGCACCUACGUCAUCUGUCAUCAGAGGCAUUUGCUCUGAAGUCUUUCAGAAUGUUUUCACCUUCUUUGUGUCAUCUUUUGAGGGUAAAGAUAUCUUUCAGAUUGUGGAUGAAGAAGCUCUUAAAAUUCAAGACUCUGCAGAUUUUUUCACUGAGUUGAAGCAGAAAUAUACUGAUGAAAAUAGUUUGCCUGUGAUUAAGCUAUCCAAGUUACGUGCUAUCAGUUUCCUCUGGCUGUUUUUUCAUUACCCUAAAAACUUAACUGCAGCUUGUUUUGAGCUUUUCAAUAUGUCUGCCGAGAGAAUUCAUAAGGAUGGCCUGUAUUUCCUGACUCAGAUUAUACUUGGGCUCGAUGAUGGUAUCACCCAUCAUUUGGAUAAAGGAAAUGACAACAGAGCAAGCCUCAAAUGUUGCAAAGAUGAUGUUAAGGAGAAAGUUUCAGUCAGUAGCCUCAUCUCUGUUGAUGCGUCAUCUGUUUCAAGGAACUGCAUGUUGAGCUUGGUCCUUGGAAGCGAUCAAUCAUUUCGAAACUGGAUGUUUACACAGUAUAAGAGGCUCUGUGACCUGCCGUCCUUUAGAGCUUUAGCAGAUGUAAGAUCUGCCCUGGAAGGAAUUUUUGAAUCAUUUUCUGAGUUAAUGAACAACGAAGAUAGUCAAGUGAACAUCGAUGAGGAAAUUUCUGAUUCCUUAAUGCAUACCCGUCAUAGGAGUGAAAUUUCCAUGGAACUCUCUGAUAAAAAGAGAAAAUUGAGUCAUUGUGAUUCCGUUGAAGAUGGUGUCAAUGACAAAGUUUCUGGUCAACAUCGUUCAUCAAUUCCUCUUGAAGGCAAGCACACCACAUGUUCUGAUUUGGAUACUGGUAGCUUGAGACCCAUGGCCUUUGAAGUUCGGGAGCCGGGAGGUUGGCUACAUGGCAGUUUGCCCCAGUCACAGGAUCCUUUGAGCAAGCACGAUCAUUUGUCUUAUGCAAAAACAUCAGUAGACCUGCAGAGCAAUUCUCUUGAAUGUACAAAGAGUUCAACUGAUGGGAAUCAAGUUUCAAGUGUCGAUCGCAACUUUCCUGCUCAGAGAUCGUCUACGGGAGAUGUCAAUAAUGAUCUUGUGCCUCCUAGACAUCAACUAUCAGUGCCAUGUAGUUCUACAACUUCUCAGAGUUUGUGGUUUUCUGAUGGAGAUCCAUCAGCCAUGGAUAUCUUCUCUGCCUCUAAACAAUUAUGGGUGGGUCUUUUAGGUCCUGAUGCAUCUGAAGCUCACAUAAGGUAUCAAUUUGAGAGGUUUGGUUACAUUGAACAUUUUUUCUUCUUUCCAUUAAAAAGGUUUGCAGUAGUGGAGUAUAGUCACAUCAAUUAUGCAAUAAGGGCACGUGAAUAUAUGCGUGGACAAUUUCAGUGGUGUGUAAAAUUCAUGGAUAUUGGUUUAGGGACUAGGGGUUCCACCCACGGGGUUGCAGUUGGUUCCAGUUUGCAUGUUUAUGUUGGAAAUGUUUUGGGCCACUGGGUGAAGGAUGAGAUUCUGCAUGAGACAAGGAAAGUGCUUAACAAGGGCCCAUACGUGGUCUCUGAUCUUAGCAGUGAGGGAGCAUUGCUGAUGGAAUUUGAGAUUCCCGAAGAUGCUGCAGUUGUAAUGGCGCAUCUCAGACAACAUCGUAGGGAGAAGUACGUUCACUGGCCACCUUCAAAUUCAGGACAAACUAACAUCGCUGCUCCUUAUUUAGAUAGUGGAAGAUCUUCUUGUGCCCCUACUGGUGGUAGCAUCAGAAGUAACAAUCCUUCAAACUUGUCCAGUAGUAUGGUUGGGUCACCUCAUGCUCCAAUUGUCCCUGAGAGUCCUAACUUCAGGACAAGAAUGUCAGAGCUAUCUUCCUUGCUCUACACGCUGCGUGCAAAAUACAACAUCAAUCAAAACUCGAGUUACUUUGAAAGCUACAUGUCUGGAGGGUGCAACACUUCCAUGAGGGAAGAAGACAGAACUCCUACUAGCACUCUCUGGGUUUCUUUCCCAAAUUUUAGUUCUCCUUUUGUCACCGAUGAGGAGUUGAUGAAGAUCUGUAAUCUUGCCAUCACCAAUACUGGGUCUGUUGUCAGGAUGACUCGAGCAAGUGUACAGGUGGGCGGUGGUUGGUUUGUUGAGUGCAGUAGUGUGGAUGCUGCAAUCACAGUCUUGAAGAACCUCCGUGGUUGUCCUGGAAUUUUCCUUCGAAUAGAAUUCAGUAAACCAGGAAGGUUCCAUACAACACCUUUUAUGAGGAACCACGAUAGUUGUGCUAUGGAGCAUCCAUCUCCUAGAGUAUUACAUGAAAAUCGUGCAAUGCCUCAGCAAGGUGGAUAUUCAUAUCAGUCAAACUGGGCUCCUUCUGGUCAUACAGAGAUUUCUGAAAUAGGUGUCAGAAAGACCGAUGCUUACGAAAAAAGCGUGCUGAUAGAUCAUCCACAAGGUGGCCACAUAGUGUCUGGAGGUAUUCCAUGCUUGCCCAUAUCAACAAUGGGGCCUCCCGCUCCACCACCUCCACCGCAGAUUCAGCCACCUCCAUUUGUUCAAUCUCCAUACCCUCCUCCAAAUAGUUCUUGGGAUGCAAGGGGUUUAAACCAUCCUUUGCCUUUAAAUCCAAUCUCACCAGGUGUUAUGCCUAAUACAUUCCCUGGUAAUUCUGUUGCAUGCCCUCCUUUUUUACCUGCUUCUGUGACACCACUUGCUCAGAUACAAGGAGUUCCAAUGCAGCAGCAGCAUCUAGACCAUGUUUUUCCCCAUCCUGUUGUUCCGCCAUCAAUAUCAUCUCUUCCACCUCCCCAGCCCGAGAUGCCUCCUCCCAUGCCUCCAUCUCCACCACCAUUGCCUCACUCACAACCACCUAAUAUUCCUCCUCCACCCAGUUCUCCUCCGCCUCCACCUCCACCCCUAGCUGCCACUGGAACAAGUGAAGUGGAAAGUAGUAGCCAGCCUGUCCAGUAUCAAUGGCAAGGUGCCUUGUGUAAAAGCGGGGUUCAGUACUGUACAAUUUUUGCAAAAAGAGUGGAUUCACAUACUUGCAAAUACUUCAAUGCUGCUCCAGAACCUUUCGAGUGGCCAACAAAAUUAGAUAUGACCAAACGCACAGAUUUCAGGCAUGUGAAGUCGACAUUCACUAGCACUUCACCAAAUAAAAGGGAGAUAUGUCAGCUGAUCCCAUCUUCUGGUGGCGAUCAUAAAGGAUUCCAAGAUUUUGUAUCAUAUUUGAAGCAGAGGGAUUGUGCGGGAGUAAUAAAGAUACCGGCCACUAAAUCGCUAUGGACUAGGCUUCUCUUUAUACUUCCAUAUUCACAGGACUCGUGUUCUCUUCUUUCAAUUCCACCAGGUCCGCCAGAUAGUCUGAUUGGCUUGGUUCUUCCGAAAGAAACAAAUUUCGAAUGGAUUACGAAGCCAGUAAUUCCUCGUCGUCCUCCUCCUCCCUCCGCUUGGCGCGCUCUUCUUCCUUUCCAAUCACCAACGCACUCAUCUGAAUACAGAAUGUCGAAUCGUUACAACCAAGAUGGAAACAAGGGUUUAAGGAAAGACCAGAAGAAGUACAUCCCCAAGAAUCAAAAUCAAUCUUCAAAACAACUCCUCAACCCUAAACCUACCCUCUCCGCUUCUUUCAGACAUUCGCUCCCCAAGUCACCCGAUUCUGCUGCUGUAAGCACUGCUGCCGCGCCUUCAUUGAGUAGGAUUCAGAUGGGUGUGAGUGGAGAUUGGGUGUCUAACAGAGUUAGUGAUGGUAGUUUCGUGAAUUACUUGCCACAGGACGAGGCCGUUGCCACUGGUCUUCGUGCUGAAGAAGGAGCGUUGGAUCCGGUGGAAUCUCAAAGAGUCGUAGACCUUUUGAAUAGAGAGCUGUCUCGGCUGCUGAAGUUGAGUGCUAAAGAGUUUUGGACGGAAGUGGUUAGGGAUACUUCCUUGCAUGAAUUUCUCGAUAGCUUCCUAAAAUUCAGGAGUAGAUGGUAUGAUUUUCCACAUCGUGGAGCAAAUGGAAUAGUUGCAGGGGUCAUCAUUGGAGAGUUUGAAUUAUGCCGCCGUGUUUUCAUGGUAUUGUAUCGCAUGUCUUCCCAUAGGGAUCCUGGAGCGCGAGCUGCUGAUAGUCUCAGUAUAAAAGAUCAUGGAGUCCUCCUGCAGGGAAAAAAGUUGCUUGACCUUCCAAAGUUACUUGAUAUAUGUGCUAUAUAUAAUCAUGAGAACGAAGAUCUAACUAGAAUACUGGUUGAGAAUGCUAUAAAAUCCCAGCUUAGUAUUCAUGAAAAUUUACCAUCAGUUAUAUCUCACUUCCUCAGCAUUGUCUCUAUGCUGCAUCAAAGGUGCAAUUCAUCUCUUGAGACUCUCAUCUCCACCAGUAGCCAUGGGCACAGUAAGCUUCAAGCUGACUUCUUGGAGGUGAUUGAUUUUAUCAAUGAUGCAAUCGUCACUCUGGACUCUUUCGUUGCUGCAUACAGACUGGCAGCCAUAUUCUUCUCCUCUGCUGUUGAAGUGAGCUGCGGAAAUGAGGAUUUACUCGGAACUCUUGCAAGGUUGCAUGAUAUACUGCUUCCAUCUUUACAGCAGGGAUUCCAAAUUGUCUUUGUGCCCCAGGAAGAUGAUAUGGUGUCUAAUGUUGCAAAAAGUUUGAAAAUGCUAGCAUUAAGAAUUGUGAGUCUUGGUUGGAAACUGCUGGAAAUUUGCUAUCUAGGAGAUGAAGUGUUUGGAAAAGACCUCCCUGUUCCAGUCUCUAUGAAGAUGUUCCCAGCAUCUGUUGAAGACCCUGUCAUAAGAGCAGAUAUCUUGAUUCAAACUUUUAGAGAGAUCCAUGGAAUCUCGCAACAGGUUCCAGAUAAACAACUUGGUCAAACAUUUCUUCAGCAUAUGGAAAAGAACCACUCCAUAAUUAAAAGAAUCAACAGUUUACGAAACAAUGGAUGGAUUCAUGUCGAUGAUGAACAAUUUGAUUAUCUAUCAACAAUAGUUAUGUGUAUCCCAACAUCCAAUAUUAAGGAUCCAUCUCUUUCUAAGACCCCUGUGAUGAGCCACAUAUCAGAAGUAGAUGAAGAUGCUGCAAUGUUGGAGUCGAAAAUCUGUCAAAUAAAGGAUCUUUUCCCCGAGUAUGGCAAUGGAUUUCUAGCUGCAUGUCUGGUAGCUUAUAAUCAGAACCCGGAAGAAGUGAUUCAACGAAUCCUUGAGGGGACUCUUCAUGCCGAUCUCCAGUCCUUGGAUACUUCCUUAGAAACAAUGCCAGUGCCCAAGUCUAGUACGACCGCUAAUGGUAGGAAUGACAAAGGUAAAGGAAAACUAAUUGAGUCUUCGACAGUUGCCUACACUGACCAAGUAUCUGGGUGUAAAGAAGAUAUACCGAUUGAAGGCCCUUCAGUUUCAUCAGCUUCAGCUGGUAGAUAUGUUCGAAAGUCCAAAGAUGGCAUGCCGAACUCAGAGACCCUUGAUAGUAGAAAUGAAGCUGAUCCAGUGAGAACUGCAGCUUUAAUUUCUCAAUACGAGUAUGAAGAUGAGUAUGACGAUUCUUUUGAUGAUCUUGGUAUUAGUAUAGCAGAAACAGCUACAGAAGAUAAUGAAGACUUUGUGGGUCGAAAGCCGAGCUCAGAUUUGGUUAACACUUCGAACUCGACAACUGCAGGUUCAGCGCGAAGUGCUCCCAACCCAAAGUGGGGAUCUAGAAGACAACCACAAUUCUACGUCAAGGAUGGUAAGAAUUAUAGUUACAAAGUAGCAGGUUCGGUGGCAGUUUCCAAUUCUGAGGAGGCAUCCUUAGUUACUCAAGCUCAAAGAGAACUAAUUUAUGGACUUGGCCGCGGAGGCAACUUGCCCCUCGGAGCAGUAAGAAAGCUAACAGAGUCAGAGCAGGAUAGCCCACCUGAUGUUUCUGCAGUAGAUCCAAGAGAUAAUGGACGGAAGUCCUGGGGCAGAGGAAGGAGGGAAGGUGGAAAUGGAACAGCUCCAAGCGUUCCAGAAGAACAAGGUAAACAACCAAAUGUGGCUGAGGUUUCAGACAGGGGCGGGAGGGGCGGCAACAGAGGCCGAGGAAGGAGGGGAGGGGGUAACCAUCACAGGAAGGACAGAGCCAUGAAUAAGCAUUUUGCUGGACUGCAGGGUUUCUAAAUUACUAUGUCCGAUCACCCUUCACCCCAAGCAGAACCCAAUACAAGAAUUUAUAGUAAUUUUGAAGAUUCAAGUUUGCGAAGAUGUUGACUUUGUUUUAUCAGUGCAUCAUCGGUAAAUGUGGAAGAGACGUUCAAGAUAUGGCAGCGUAGUGCAGUCUACACCUCCCUACAGAAGGUCGAUGAUCAAGGUCGAUGAUCAAAUGUACAGAACAUGUUUCAUAGGGCCAUACAUAAAUCUGGCCCGUGUUUGAGUUUCAAUUUUGUAGCUGUCUAUAUUAUUUAGCAGUAAACUCCUGAAUUUACCGUAUAACAAAAUGAUUGUAGUAGGCACUCUUAUUAACAGAAAUGGAAAUAUACGAAGGAAAACAAUGCUUGAAUCGAAA